UGCACUUUCAAGUCACGUCGACCAGACCAAAGGAGGACGUUGAACCGCUGUAGCAAGACUGGUAAAUCGCCAAAAUCGCGUUCAAUACCAUUACUGUGGAGGGAGAUAAAUCAACAUGCAGUCUAUGCACAUAUUCGCGGAAAAUACGUAUAGUGGCAUUACCAUCAGAACCAAGGACCCACAAUCAGAGGCCCCAUUUCCUUCACCAACCUCCAUAUUCAUACGUAGAAUUAUCAAAACAGUAGGAUAUACCAUCCUCAAAGACUUUUGGGAGCUGCUGUUAAUGCAAGCCGUGUUCAAUGCCAAGUCACCAGCGCCACUGAAUGAGACGGACAUGAUGUGCUACAGAGUGUUGAAGAAGGGAGAUGUGUAUCGAGAAUCCACCGAGAAGACGUUACACGCCCUGGAAGUUGGAAGAAUUGAAGUAACACAAGCAGAAGUGGACAGAUGGAAGCUCCCAAUAUCUGCGGGACGCCGUAUACCCAUUUCUGAGGGUCUCAUUUCGAGAUGGCGUGUGUUCCUCGAAGAAGAUUACCCUUGGGCUCCAGAGUAUAUAGCCCAAUUGGUUUCUGAGUAUUCGGAACCCGAUACACCUGAAAAUAUCCACGUCGGCUUCACAGUGGGCCUGCAACCUCUCCUUGAUGCCGUCUCCAACUCCGAUUUCUCUCCUUCGGUACAAGAGGGAUUGCACAAAUUUCUCAGAAUGAAUCGGACAAAGUUCCUUGAUGAAUUUGUCGUUGAGGUGGAAGAUGAGCCGUGGAUGCCUCCAUCUCUUACAGGCCUGUACGGACUGUAUUGAUUUAAAAGUCGCGAUUGGGCCCCUCAACGCGUGCGAUCGCGCGCUAUUAGGACGUCAGCUUCCACCGCGCUUCUUCCGCAUUGGGAUAGAAUAGGAUGGAUGGAUUUGAGGUCGUUCGGAACAAAGAACUGACAAGGCUGUUACAUAGAGGAUACGCACGGCUUAUGAUCGAUUCAUAUGCCGUGCAGUGGGUACCUCCUGGCUUCUUGCUUAACGAAUAACAGUUUCUGCUUUUGAUUUUUCACUAAGUAUUUAUAUUAUUAUAGAUCGGUUGUAUAAUAUAUUUCCUUGCUGAAAAACAAG